ACAGCUUACUUGUUAAAUUCUGGUAAUAGUGAGCAGAAAUUAAAAUUUUAAAAAUUUAAAAAAAUCAAAUUAUUUCAUUGGAGGUUGUAGUAUUUUUAAAUGUAAAUAACUUGAGGUCUGUUGACAUUAAAUGUCCGAGUUCCUUAAUCUUACACUUUGACUUGACUUAAAAGUAUAGCUUAGUAAUAAAGAUUUUAUAUACUAGGACAGUCUGGUCCUGCAGUUUAAAAGGCCUAAAGAAUAUUCUAAAGAGCUAAAAUUUUUAAAACGAAUCACCAGCCCAUGAAAGUUGAUUCAACUGAUUUUUUGAAAGGCUUGGUAAGUGCUCCUCUGAAGUUCACCUGGCAGCGAAAUUUGAGUCCACUAUGCCUUUAGACAACUGAAGACUAAUCUGAGUUUUCCUUUUUCCAGACUUGCCUAUUUACCCCUUUCAUUCACAGGGAUGGAAACGGAAAGAGGACAGGACAAGGCCGUGGGAGAGGAAGGGACUGAAAACAAGAGAGAGGUAGAGAAAAAGAAACGGUCUCGAGUCAGACAGGUGCUUGCAGACAUCACCAAGCAAGUUGACUUCUGGUUUGGAGAUGCAAAUCUUCACAAGGAUAGAUUUCUUCGAGAGCAGAUAGAGAAAUCUAGAGAUGGAUAUGUUGAUAUAUCACUUCUGGUGUCUUUUAACAAAAUGAAAAAAUUGACCACUGAUGAAAAGUUAAUAGCCAGAGCACUGAAAAGUUCAGCUGUUGUAGAGCUGGAUUUAGAAGGCACAAGGGUCAGGAGAAAAAAGCCUCUGGGUGAAAGACCAAAGGAUGAGGACCAGCGGACCGUGUACGUGGAGUUACUUCCCAAGAAUGUCAACCACAGCUGGAUUGAAAGAGUGUUUGGGAAAUGCGGCAAUGUCGUCUACAUAAGCAUACCACACUACAAGUCCACAGGAGACCCGAAGGGGUUUGCCUUUGUGGAGUUUGAGACAAAAGAACAAGCAGCGAAAGCUAUCGAGUUUCUUAACAACCCACCAGAAGAAGCACCAAGGAAACCUGGGAUAUUUCCUAAAACAGUGAAAAAUAAGCCCAUUCCCGCCCUUGGAGUAGCUGAGGACAAGAAGAAGAAACGGAAGAAGAAGGGCCGCGUGAAGAGGGAAGACCGCGCCCCGACCGGAGGUGUAGCCGUGGGCGCAGACACAGAGGGCAGCGCCUGUGAGGCGAAGGGGCCCAGGGCCACAUCUGAGGGCUCCGAAGGGGAGGGUGCUGAACCCCAAAAGGUACCCUCAAAGAAGAAGAAAAAGCGGGUUAGAGCUGAAGUGACUGGCUUACCUUUGGUGCGAGCAAAGAGAAAACGAAGCAGCUCUGAGGACACGGGAUGCCCGGCUCCCAGAGCCAAAGUCAGGAAAACGGCGCAGAAAGACAACCUGAAAAAAGCCUCAGAAGUGUCAAAAGAAAACAAAGAUCUAGAAGUCUCCACUGAAGAGGAAAAGGAAACAGGAGAUAUAAUAAAAGAUGGAUCACUGUUAAAAGCAAAAAGGAAGCAUAAGAAAAAACACAAGGAGAGGCACAGAAUGGGAGAAGAGGUUAUUCCACUGCGAGUUCUAUCCAAGAGCGAGUGGAUGGAUUUGAAAAAAGAGUAUUUAGCGCUGCAAAAAGCCAGUAUGGCUUCUUUAAAAAAAACAAUAUCCCAAUUAAAAUCGGAGUCAGAAAUGGAAAUAGACCAUGGAGUAACUAACAAGUCUGGAAUGAAAAAUGAAAAAACAAACAGUGAGGAGUGCCGUCCCCAGGAGAAGGUUCAGGCGGCUGGGCCGCAGUUUGUGAGUGGCGUGAUUGUGAAGAUCGUUAGCUCUGAGCCUCUACCUGGCAGGAAACUAGUCAGGGACACUUUGGCAGCCGUCUCAGAAGUUGUUUAUGUUGAUUUGUUGGAAGGAGAUACAGAAUGCCAUGCGCGGUUUAAGUCCCCUGAGGAUGCUCAAGCAGCAAUGAAUGCAUAUGCAGAAAUUAAAAAGAAACACUGCUGGACACUUGAGAUUCUCGCUGGUGACCACGAACAGAGGUACUGGCAGAAGAUUCUGGUAGACAGACAGGCCAAACUGAACCAGCCUCGUGAGAAGAAGAGAGGCACCGAGAAGUUAAUCACCAAAGCAGAAAAGAUUAGACUCGAAAAGACUCAACAAGCAAGUAAGCAUAUUAGAUUUUCCGAAUAUCAAGAAAAUUGAAAAAAAUUUUGGUUCACCUCUUAAGAUUUCACUGGAUGCUUGAGUUGUUUCUGAGGAAUCCCUUUGUAUUGUGCUAGUGAUGCAUAAAGAAUGUUUUUAAAACCUACAUCUACUUGAAAGAACUUGUAAAUAAGAUUUUUUUCCUAAAGACAAGUACAUUGUAACCACAAUUUUCCAUUAAACAUUUUAUUUGUUGAAAUUAUCUUAGAUCAACCUCAAAGUGAUUCAGUGUUUUGAGCAUUAUCGUUAAUUUUGUUCUUUUAAUGCUAAAACAACAUGUGCAGAAAAAUCAGUGCUACGUGAGUAUAUAGUUCAGAAAAGUGUGUAGACCCUCGCCUACAAUUUUGUAGCUGGUUUUCCAUUUCAGAUUCCCCGAGUGUCCUUCUAGGUGGAUGUCCGGUCGAUGUGGUCUUUUGUUCUGUGUGUUGUCCUCUGCCUGUUUCAGUUUCCAUGGAAGAGACCACAUGAACUGUUUCCAAUUAAAAUGUUAAAUUUUGAAA